CUACUGAUUUCAACUACUUCGGCCUAACUCUCCGAAACGAUGAAUUACACAAGUUUUAUUUUCGCUUUUCAGCUUUGCAUAAUUUUGUGUUCUUCUGGUUAUUACUGUCAGGCCAUGUUUUUUAAAGAAAUAGAAGAGCUAAAGGGAUAUUUUAAUGCAAGUAAUCCAGAUGUAGCAGAUGGUGGGUCGCUUUUUGUAGACAUUUUGAAGAACUGGAAAGAGGAGAGUGAUAAAACAAUAAUUCAAAGCCAAAUUGUCUCCUUCUACCUGAAAAUGUUUGAAAAUCUGAAAGAUGAUGACCAGCGCAUUCAAAGGAGCAUGGACACCAUCAAGGAAGACAUGCUUGAUAAGUUGUUAAAUACCAGCUCCAGUAAACGGGAUGACUUCCUCAAGCUGAUUCAAAUCCCUGUGAAUGAUCUGCAGGUCCAGCGCAAAGCAAUAAAUGAACUCUUCAAAGUGAUGAAUGAUCUCUCACCAAGAUCUAACCUGAGGAAGCGGAAAAGGAGUCAGAAUCUGUUUCGAGGCCGUAGAGCAUCGAAAUAAUGGUCAUCCUGCCUACAAUAUUUG